AUGUUCACCUACAAUCAGAACGCCAAGAAAAUGACCGGCCGAUAUUGGUUUUAUUUAGCUCUUUUGAGCAACACGGAGGCUGCUCGCCAGCGAGACCCCAACAAGCGAAUCUCGAGAUUGAGAAACUUGGCCAUCACAUGGAUGGAAAACAACAUCAUCAACAACUCAGGUAGUGUAGCAACUGCUGAAUUUAGGGAGAAACGAGGCAACGAGCUCAUCGAAAACAUCAAGAAUAAGUCCGACAAGAUGCUCGAGCUCUUCGAACGCACCAAUCCCGAUGGAGAUAGACGAUGCGGUUUCUACGAUCCCAACGUGCCAAAUGGCGGUCCUCAGCCGUACGAAAUUUUCGUCAGCGAGGCCAAGCAAUCAAAGAAAGAGGAGGACCAGCGCACUGUCCGACAAUUUGAAAUUCCCUCUCUUACACCUGACCUCGACUCCGAUGGAAGAACCCGAACCUUCGAGGAGAAGUUCCAGCGAGUGCAGAUGACUCACGACGAGUGGCGAUACAUCCGACACAACACCGAACUCACUGACUUGCAGAACAAGAUCCUCGACAUCGAGCGAUGGUUCAGAAACGUAGGAAUUGAUGAUGAUGAACUUAUCGACAUCACAUCUAAUAGCCGAGUGCGACGAGGCGCUGGAAGAAUCAGUGACGAUCCGAUCAAGGCGCUGAAACAGAUCGCAAAGGGCUUCAAGAACUGGAGUGAACGAUACAUCGCCUACUGCGGCCAAGAGUACAUCAACAAGCGAUUCUCCAAAGAAUGGGCUAACGACAAGCUCUGGAAGAAGGGAGACAAGCUCUACAGAUGCAAAAUCGCAGGCUACAACGAUGCCGACUGCGAAUAA